AUGGAAGACCUGGGGGAGAACACCACAGUCCUGUCCUCCCUGCGGUCACUGAACAACUUCAUUUCCCAGCGAGUGGAAGGUGGGCCUGCACUGGAUGCGAGCACUUCGGUGACAGGCUCUCUGCAGAUGCAGUACCAGCAGAGCAUGCGGUUGGAGGAGCGUGCGGAGCAGAUCCGCUCCCAGUCGCACCUCAUCCAGGUGGAGCGGGAGAAGGUGCAGAUGGAGCUGAGCCACAAGAGGGCCCGUGUGGAACUGGAGCGGGCCGCCACCACCAGUGCCCGGAACUACGAGCGUGAGGUUGACCGCAACCAGGAGCUGCUGACACGUAUCCGGCAGCUGCAGGAACGUGAGACCGAGGCUGAGGAGAAGAUGAAGGAGCAGAUGGAGCGCCACCAUUCAUGCCGACAGAGCCUGGACACCACCAGCAAGAAGCUUCGGGAGAAGGAAGACAGCCUGGCUGAGGCCAACGAGACCAUCAACGUGCUGAAGGGCAGGAUCUCAGAGCUGCAGUGGAAUGCCAUGAACCAGGAAAUGCAGCUGAAGGGCCUGGAGUCUGAGAAACAGGAGCUGAGGGAGCAAGUGGACAUGCAGCACAAAAAGUGGCAGGAAGCGACUCAGAAGCUCCAGGAGCUGCAGGCGGGCCAGGAAGUGAGAGCAGAGCACGAACAGAAGAUCAAGGACUUGGAGCAGCAGCUGUGUCUGCAGGAGCAGGAGGCUGCUGUGGUGAAGAACAUGAAGAAGGAGCUGGGGCGGCUCCCCAAGGUGGAGUGGGAACUGAAGCAGCUGCGGGAGGAGAACGCCCGCCUGCGGGAGAUGCAGGAGACCAGCGGGCGGCUGCAGGAGGAGCUGGAGGGGCUGCAUAGGCGGCUGGGGCGUCAGGAGAAACUGCAGGAGGAGCUGGUCAGCUUGGAGCUGGAGAAGGAGAAGCUGCUGGGAAAGCUGCAGAGCUGGGAGCGGCUGGACCAGGCCAUGGGUCUGCACCUCAGGACCCCGGAGGACCUUUCCAGAUUCGUGGUGGAGCUGCAGCAGCGAGAGGUAGCUUUGAAGGAGAAGAACAGCACUAUUACCAGCAGUGCCCGUGGACUGGAGAAAGCACGGCAGCAGCUUCAGGACGAGCUCUGCCAGGUGAGCAGCCAGCUGCUGGAAGAGCGUAAGCAGCGUGAGAUCAGUGAGGCCCUGGCUCGAAGGCUGCAAAAGCGUGUGCUGCUGCUGACCAAGGAGCGGGACGGCAUGCGAGCCAUCCUGACGUCCUACGACAGCGAGCUAACACCAGCGGAGUACUCACCACAGCUGACACGCCGUAUCCGCGAGGCCGAGGACAUGGUGCAGAAGGUGCACGCCCACAGCUCCGAGGUCGAGGCUCAGUUGUCACAGGCCCAGGAGGAGCUGGGAGACCAGAAGCAGAGAGCGGACACGCUGGAGAUGGAGCUGAAGCUCCUGAAGUCUAAGGCUGAUCCUGCUGACCAGAGCUUCCUGUUCUCCAGGGAGGAGGUGGACACACUCAGAUUAAAGGUUGAGGAGCUGGAAGGGGAGCGGAGGCACCUGGAGGAAGAGAAGAUGGCCCUGGAGAUGCAGCUGGAGAAGCUCACCCUGAAGGGUGACUAUGACCAGGGCCGGACCAAAGUGCUGCAUCUGCGUAUGAACCCAGCAGGCAUGGCCCAGCAGCGGCUCCGGGAGGACCAUGUGCGACUACAGGACGAGUGUGAGCGGCUUCGAGAGCUGGUGCAUGCCCUGGAGCGGGGCGGCGCUGUUGUCCCCACCGACCUGGAGGCUGCUGCAGGUCUGCUGUCCCCCAAGGAGGUGGCAGAACUGAAGAAACAGGUGGAAAGUGCCGAGCUAAAAAACCAGCGGCUGAAGGAGGUCUUCCAGACCAAGAUCCAGGAGUUCCGGAAGGUCUGCUACACGCUCACAGGUUACCAGAUCGACAUCACCACAGAGAACCAGUACCGGCUGACGUCCAUGUAUGCUGAGCACAAAACCGACUGCCUACUCUUCAAGGCCACAGGACCCUCAGGGGCCAAGAUGAACCUGCUGGAGACGGAGUUUUCACGAACGGUCGGCGAGCUUAUCGAGCUGCACUUGCUACGCCAGGACAGCAUCCCAGCCUUCCUCAGCUCCCUCACCCUUGACCUCUUCAGCCGCCAGACCCUGGCCUAG